UUCAGGAUUCUCAUGACAAACAGCAACGCAAACGUAGUAUCUCUUGCGGCAUCUAUAUGUACAACAUCUGCAUCGGAUAUGCCUCCAAGUCUUGCCAAUCAUCUGUAUGAAAAUGGUGCAUUCAUUGUUUUUCUUGAUGUACCUCAAACAACGGAAUUCGGCAUCGAUUACAAGUCAUGGCAUGUGGGGCCAAAAUUUCUCGGUUUAAAGAUGAUCCCUCCUGGCAUCCACUUCAUUUUUUUUAGCGUCAAGACGGCACCGCGCAUUGGAUUUUUUCAUCAUUUUAAGGAAAAGGAAAUUUUGCUACGUAAAUGGGAUCCCAUACGUGAAGAUAUGAUAAUCGAGCCAUGUUCUGCAGAUGAGAUAGAGAGGGUACGUUUAAACUUGAAAUCAAUGGAUGAUGGUUUAGCGCCGUAUCCUUUUGACACAUACAGAAUUUGGUUUUCCCUCAGCAAUCAUAUUACAGAAAAAACGGUGGAAAGAUUACGACCAGAGAAUCAGUACAGUCGUAUAACAGGUCAAGCGGAAUUAGUCACUUUAGAAACCGAAAUAAUGGAAAAAGAAGAUGUACAUGGACAUCCGUCAUCUUGUGUUGAUCGUGAUCAUCCAACCAGGAUACGCUUUGUAGAUGAAGAUGGUCUUCCUAUUAUGAGGAUUAGGGAAGGUUUUCAAAUACGCUUCACCGAACUUCCUCUACAUUCCGUGGCUGUUUCAGUUAAUUCAGAGAAUUCGUUGGAUCGAAGUUGUCAGUUACACAAAAUCCUUGUUGAUCUUGAUGGGAAUUGGUCCGAAUUUCUUGGAGAAUUGCAGUUUGCAUUCGUGUGCUUUCUGAUAGGACAGGUUUAUGAAGGAUUUGAACAGUGGAAACGACUGAUUCAUUUGUUGUGCAGCUGUACAAAGGAACUCGUAGAACAUAAGGAGUUAUACAUAGCAUUAAUACCGGUGCUUCAUUUCCAGUUAAGAGAAUGUCCCGAAGACUUCUUUGUCGACAUUGUUUCUCGAGAUAAUUUCCUAACAACUACACUUUCUCGGUUGUUCGGGAACAUAAAUGACUGUGAGUCAGCGGAUGCCGCAUUAAAGGAAAGAGCUAAAAAAUUCAAAAAUUUCUUGACAAAACGGUUCAAGUGGAAUUUCGAUGUGCAAGAUGAAUGAAAUCACUUUUCGUCAAGCUCAAAAUUUUCAUGUGUCGAGUCAGACUUCAGCAUAUUACUAUCGAUUUCCUUGUUUGCUGUUUCAAAACAAUUGAUACUAAGAACUACUAUGAACUUUUCGUUACUCAAAUACUGAAUAUGUUGGUGUCAUUGUGGUUGACCGAAUACUUGUGUAGUCGUAUUUGUGAUGGACUUGAAUAGUAUAAAAUGCAGUUAUGUUUCUAUCUAUUAUUUGAUGUUUUAUCUCCAUCUCAGACUUGAGUUAUAACAUUUUGCUGUCAGUUCUGUUGAUAUAAUCACUCUCUUCUAUAAAGUCACAUGCAUGUUAGCGAUAAUAAAUAAGUUCCUCUUUGAACAACGAUUUUGUGAUUUGGGAUGUUGGAUCAUAUGUAAUUUACGGAUAUAUGGAUGUAAUGCGCGAGUUUCACUACAUCGCUCUGGAAUCAAUUUUGAUGCUGGCGUAUUUACGUGAAAUGUAGCUGUAUUUUACUAUAUUUUAUUAAAUAAAAUGGCAAAAGUGUG